GCAAAAUUAUUGCAACCUUAGUUCAACAGAAGUUCAUUUUGAUAAAUUAACUUAUAUUAUUUUUUAUUUAUUAUAUCACAAAGUGAUUAGAUAUAUUAGAAUCUUUUUAGAUAUCAGAAGUCAUUCAAAAUUAUUGUGUAUGUAUGUUUGGCAACUUUUAAACUGCUUGACCUAUGUUCAUUAUUAAGGUAUUAUUUAUCUAUUCGAUAUUUUUAUAUACAUAUAUAAGGUUUUUUUUAGGACUGUUGCCACUUGAACUUGCGGAUUUUGAAAAUAUGCCGAAUGGACCCAGACUAACUGUAAAAGAAUUAGAAUAUGAUGGGUUUGAAAAACAACCACCUGCAUUCAGAUGUAAGGUUGCUGAGGAACAAGCAGACAGUGUAUACUUGCUGGUCGGAUAUGCAUUAUACUUCCCAACCUAUUCCACUUGGGAGGGUGUCUCCAUGAUGCUGGAGGACCUGUAUGUACGACCUGAAAAGCGACGUCGCGGUGUGGGUAGGAGGCUCUUUGAUGCUGUAGCUAAGGAAGCGGUUACGAGCGGUAGUUCCCGCCUAGACUUCCACGUGUUAGAGUGGAAUCCUGCUAGAAUAUUCUAUGACGGGAAAGGUGCUGAAAACCUAACCAAAUCAGAGCAGUGGUGUUACUAUCGUCUGAGCGGGCAGGCGCUGCGAAACGCCGCGCAGUCCGCCACCGGGAAGGCAUAACAAAACACAAUGCGUGCUCGAAAUAUGUAUUUUACAUAGUAAUAGUACAAUUUGUACAUAUAUCUCCGUUACUAUAGCCUUAAGUACUGUGAUACAAUGUGUGCGAAGUCUGAAACUGUUACAAAUACUAUUGUAAUUAUCUAAAUGAACUAAUAUGUACAAUUUACUUAAUAAAUGCCAUUUAAGUAUUCAACUAAACUAGAUAGUUAUCCAUAGAGUCAGUCUCAUAGAGAGUGACGUCAUAGUGAGAUUAUUGCAUACAUAAUAAAGUCAUGGUUGUUUUAUACAGUUGCAGCCCCACAACCUGAAUUCUACACUGGAUGACGCCUUAUAAUUUAAUACAUUUACUGUCUUAUAAAAUAAUUUACUGCUCACUGAAAUAUUGAAAGCAUUCAUAUUACUACGAACAUUUUACCUUUUUUAUUAUGAAAUCAAACAUUUAUUUUUAUAAAACAAUCAAGUGGAACCUAUACCGUUUUGGUACACUCAUAUUACUACAUACAAUAUGUUUAAAAAGUAGAUAUUUAAAUUUAUGUGAAACUGUUGAUGAAUAACUGUUCUGAAAAAAUACAUAUAAUAAUGACACACAAGUGAAUCUAGUGAUAAGGCGCCAUUCAGCCUCUUGCCCCAUGCCCUGCUCACCCUCACCCAUUCGGGUCUUAGAAUUACACUUUAAAUGUUCACCCUUCUUUGCAUAAUGGUGGAAAUUUCCAUCAUAACAUUGAAUGCCGAAAAAUUAUAUAAAAGUCCAAGUUCAUUUUAAAUUGAUCGUGUCUGGAUACCUUUUUAAUGUCCAUUGCAGAAAAAAAACAUAGCUGUCAAAUUUAUUUUCUUAACCAUUUUUCCUUUAAUUUUGAACAUGAAUUAUAUCAUCUUGAUUCCAGACAAAUUAUCUUUUUGAAGACUAGGCAGCAUGGUCUCCGACCUUAGCCUGUUCCAAACGGAACAAACGUACUAAAAAAAAAAAAAUAUAUCAUCUUGAUUUAUUUCACCAAUAAAAAAUCAUGCAAAGAAGAGUUCUAGUUGUUAUUUUGUGUACUAGUCCAUAGUGUAUAAAGGUGACAAUACGAAUACUGUUUAUUACUUAGUUUACAUAAUAGCAAUUUUUAUAUACAACGUAACGGUGGCACAUUCCCUUAUUCGUCCCCAAACAGUGUUGACCGUUACUGUUAAGGAUAAAAAUAACAAAUAUUUAUAUAAUACUAAAUAUAAUAAACUAUAGUAAUACUUGUU